AUGGACGUGCCGUCGCUAAUGUCGAGUAAAAAGGAAGUGCGCGAGAGCGAAUCGACCAUAUCACUCGACUCGCGGAUAAACGACGAGGAAAAAGCAUCGUCGUUCUGCUCGUCAGGCAGCGAAGAUAGCACGGAAGAAGAAGACAUCGCGUUACCACCGGACAGCAAGCUCGUCGUCAAGAUUGACGGAAAAGAUGACGGGAAACUCGAGGAGGACGACGGCAAGCCAGAACCGUCGAAGAGAGAUGCAGGCGUCCGGACAUGGUUCGGGAUGCCGUGGUGGCAGUGCGCUUUAUUCGCGGGAGCCAUGGCUUUCGUUCUCUUCCUCAUCGUCUUCGGCGCUGUUCUCCUCGGCCUCGCGCUUUCCUUCCACUGUGACGACGUGGUAAUUCGAGUAGACAGCCUCGAUUUCCACAACAUGUCGUUUUCGCAACAACCCUCGGAGUCGGGCGACAAGACGCUGCUGCUGAACGCGCGGCUAAACGCGUCGGCGAAUGUCUUCAACCCGAACGGAAACACGAUGGUGGUGGAGCAGCUGUUUGUCGCGAUCGACGGCAUGGAUCGUCCCAUGACGAAUGUCACGCGGCCCGGAUUCACGCUCGACCCGAGGGGCAACAUGACGCAAAACAUCGAGUUUGCGGUUACGGGUUACCCGUUGUUCACUAUCGCAGCCAAUGAGAGCCUGCUGCGGCUCUCGGACAAGACCAAGAAUCUGCCGUUCAAGAUGACGGUGAAAUCACUAGGGCAUGUUAUCUAUCAUGGCUUUAACACCCCCUCGUAUUAUUACACGUAUUCAUGCAAUGUGACGUUCACUCCUGGGGAACAGGGUGUACACAUCCUGUCAUGCCACAAAUUAAGAGUCAAGGCAUGA